AUGGUUGAAAUUUUUCACGUCAGCCUUCCUAAACUUAUCAAAAACGCUAUUUACUCACACGUCCUGAAGUUCGAGAACAUCCAAUUGACACAAACGGAAGAAGUCACGCCAAUAUCUGAAGCAGAACAAAUUUUCCAAUCAGUUUCAGUCACUUCUGGAGACUUGAUCAAAACCCGUCGGCCUCAGAUGCAACUGAAAAUUCCCAAAUUUUUUAGAAUCAAUCCAGGAAGACCUCUCAAGAUUUUCUUGGUCAGGCAGCUGACAACUACUGCAAAUUUCUCUUCCGUCAAGGCACGGAAAAGUGUCGUGGCCAAGGCUACAAAAAGAGCAGCUGUGAUUGCAAAGAAGACACCUGUGUCCGCCAAGCGUUUAACAAUAAAUAGGAUCUUUGCUAAAUCUGGUAAACUGACCACGAAGAAAGCGAGCCGCCUUGUUAGGACCACUUUAAGGAAUAAUCACAUCACUGGAAAAAAACAAAUUGCAAAAACAAGCAAGGCUGAUAUUGGGAUCUCCUUAAAAGCAAUAAAUUCAAUUGUGCAAACGACAAAAACCACUACAUUACCAACUACAAAAGAAAACAUAUCAGCACCUGAAAAUUCCACGCUGAAUGACAAUAAUGAGGAUACUGAAGAGAAAGACCAAAAUGAGCUGGAAGAAUCAUUUUCACCUUCCUCAAUUAUUGGAACUGCGGGAAUUGAUAUCAAAACUGAGGCAGAAUUUUUUCAGACACAAUCAACGCUAAUAACUACAAAGCUAACUGGAUUAAUGGAACUGAAGAAAACUGAAAAAGAAAAUACUACUAAAGUUCUAGAUGCAUUAGAAGAGACUGGUGAGGUUUCAACUAUUAAGGCUUCUUCGGUGAAAUUCUUUGUGCUGACAGCAAAUUCAACAACUAAUGUUACAUCCACUAGUAGAGCGAUGUUAAAAAAUAAUGCUGAUGAAGACACCACAGCUAAUGUUAAUAAUGGUGAGAUUGAUGAGGAUCAAGCAGAUGUAACUGACAUUGACAUGGACUUGAAAAUUGAGACAAACGAUACCGAAACCAUAUUAGUAACAAAUUACACACUACCUUCAUCGUCUGUAAGAAACUCCACGUCAGGAACCUUUUCAUCUGUAUCGACUACAUUUACUAUUUCUUCGAGCUAUGCAACAACUGUGGCCCCUGAAACAAUCACGCGAAUUAUUAAAAGUAAUAGUUUAGCAACACCGCCAAUAUUUGCCCCUCCUCUACAGACAUUCGCACCACCAACCUUCAGACCACCAGUCUCGUUUCAACCCACUCCUUUCCCCCAACCUUGGCGCCCUUUUGGUCCAACCACAACUCGCCCGACCACAGUUACGACCACCAAAUUUGACUACGUUGACGUGGACAGCUUGAUCAAUGAGGCCAACUCAGAAACGACUGCAGUGCCCACCGACGAUCAGAGGAACUUUGGAGGCAUCGACAUUGGUAACAUGGUUGGUGGCUUUCUGGGUGGCUUUGCAAACGCCAUCACUACGCCUAAAGAUGUCAAUGGCUAA